GUUUUUAUGAUUUUGGUACAAAAAAACAAUUAUUUUUUUCUUCGGGGUGUUACCUCUUUUUUUUCUCCCUCUCUUUGUUUCCUUUUUCAUAUAUUCAUGGUGUCAUGAUGAACGAAGACCACGAAUAUGAUUAUGAAUCACUUGGAGCCAAUUCAACUAUGACUCAGAAUGCUAUUGCUGGAGCUCUUGCCGGUAUUGGUGAACAUUGUUUAAUGUUUCCUGUAGACAGCAUCAAGACACGUAUACAAGUGGGACAAUCUUUAGGCAGUAUGGCGGUUUCUUCAAUAGACUGGUUUCGAUCUCAACACCUUUGGCGUGGGGUAUAUUCUGUAGUCAUGGGGGCUGGACCAGCUCAUGCUCUUCAUUUCGCUACCUAUGAAUUCUGUAAGGUGCGCUUUUAUCGACUUAUACAACAACAUGGAUCUUGGACUAAGGACGAAAAUCUUCAACAACUUAUCGCAACAAGUUCCGCGGGUGCAUGUGCUACUUUGGCUCACGAUGGUAUGAUGACUCCAUUUGACGUGAUCAAACAACGUAUGCAGUUAAAGGAUUCAGUAUAUAGAUCAGUUCGUGAAUGUGCUCGGCAAGUAUACGCGAAAGAAGGGAUUACGGCAUUUUAUAUAUCUUUACCGACAACACUCUCUAUGUCUAUUCCAUUUCAAUCUAUUCAAUUCUCAACUUAUGAACGAUGUUUAUCCCUUUUAAAUCCGGGCGGUAUUUAUGAUCCAAAAUCACAUGUUGUAGCAGGUGCUGUAGCAGGAAUCAUAGCCUCAUCAGUGACUACACCAUUGGAUGUUAUUAAGACUUUAUUACAAACAAGAGGAUCAUCUAUGGAUCCAAGGAUACGACAUUGUAGUGGAUUCUGGGAAGCUGGCAAACUGAUAUAUGAACAUUAUGGAUAUAGAGGAUUUUUUAGAGGAUUUAAACCAAGAAUACUGACUCAUAUGCCUGCUACUGCCAUCAGUUGGAGUGUUUAUGAAUAUUUCAAAUGGUUUUUAUCAAGAAACAAUUGAAUCAAGGUUAUUAUCAUUAUUAUUAUUAGAAAGAUCUCAUUUGUUUUGGCGUUAGGAUUGAUUUGGAUAGAUGGAUGGAUUGCAACAUAUUCUCUUUAUACAUAUACAUAGAUUUUAGUUCUCCUUUCA